CCUCAGCUCCUGCCGUCUCGCGAGGUCUCGAGGGACUCUUCCCGUAAUGCCCCGCGCCCGGCUGCCGCGGUUGCCUGGCAACGCCGGGUCCCCCUGCUGCUGGCUGCCCCGGGUUCGGCCAGGGGAUGGGGCCGCGGGAUCUCCCGCCGCUGUUGCUCGUGCUCCUGGACUGCUGGGCCUCUGGGAGCGCCCAGGCCGGGGCCACCUCCGCGGUGACGACGGAGGGUCUCAACUCUACGGAGGCAGCCCUGAUGACUCUCCGACCUGCCUUGUCGCCUAGGCCUUCCGAGACCCCCAGGGCCCCUCGGCCCUCCUCUGGCCCCAGGCCCACCCCGGUUACGGACGUUGCUGCUCUGUGUGUCUGUGACUUGUUGCCAGCACAGUGUGACAUCAACUGCUGCUGUGACCCUGACUGCAGCUCCGUGGAGUUCAGUGUCUUUUCUACCUGCUCAGUUCCAGUUGUCACGGGUGAUAGGCAGUUUUGUAGUCAAAAAGCAGCCAUCUAUUCAUUGAAUUCUACAGCAAACCCACCUCAAAGGGUAUUCAGACUUGUUGACCAGAUCAAUCCAUCUAUUUUCUGCAUUCAUAUUACAAACUAUAAACCUGCAUUAUCCUUUAUUAAUCCAGAAGUGCCUGAUGAAAAGAAUUUUGAUACAUUGAUGAGAACAUCUGAUGGUUUUUCGUUGACUACAGAAUCAGAUAUUUCUUUCACCACCAAACUGGAUGCUCCAAAUGCUGAUAAAUAUGAGUAUGGGGUUCACCUGCAGACUUCAGAUUCAUUUUUGAGAUUUCCUUCUCCCCUUACGUCAUCUCUGUGCGCCGAUGAUAACCCUGCAGCAUUUCUGGUUAACCAAGCUGUUAAGUGCACCAGAAGGAUAAAUUUGGAACAGUGUGAAGAAAUUGAAGCCCUGAGCAUGGCUUAUUACAGCAGCCCUAAAAUUUUGAGGGUGCCUAAUUCAAAAACAAAGGUUCCCAUCACUGUUCAGUCCAUCAUCAUUCAGUCUCUAAAUAAAACGCUAACCCGCCUGGAAGACACUGCUGUGUUGAAGCAGGCCCUCGUCGAGGCUGGGGAUGUGAGAAUCUGCACUAACGUCGUGCUUGAGGUCAAGUACAGCCUAACAUAUACAGAUGCAGGAGAGAUAACAAAAGCUCAUCUCGCUCUCCUCUUGGGGACAGUUAGCAGUGCAGUGGUUCCAUUCCAGCAAAAGUUUGAAAUUCGUUUUAUUCAGCAAAAUACAAAGCCAGCUCCUCUCAGUGGAAACCCUGGUUAUGUUGCGGGGCUCCCGUUAGCUGCUGGAUUCCGGCCUCAGAAGGGGUCUGGGAUUAUUCAGACCAUGAAUAGAUAUGGACAACUUACUAUUCUUCGUAGCACAACUGAGCAAGACUGCUUAGCAAUAGAGGGAAUCCGGGCCCCAGUAUUAUUUGGUUACAAUAUGCAGUCUGGCUGUAAACUAAGACUGCCCAGGGCUAUCACGUGUCAGCUGGUAGUGCAGAAGGUGAAGAGCCUGCUGAUGGGCCAGGGCUUCCCAGAUUAUGUGGCCCCUUUUGGAAAUUCCCGGGCCCAGGAUGUGCUGGACUGGGUGCCCGUCCACUUGGUCACCCAGGCGUCCCACGUGAAGGAUUCUUGCCAGCUCCCAGUGGCUUUGGUUAUAGAAGUGAAGUGGACUAAAUACGGCUCCUUACUGAACCCGCAGGCUAAAAUAGUGAACGUGACUGCAAAUCUGAUUUCGUCCGCAUUUCCUGAGACCAACUCAGGAAACGAAAGGACGAUGCUUAUUUCCACUGCGGUUACUUUUGUGGAUGUGUCUGCACCUGCAGAGGCAGGCUUCAGAGCUCGGCCAACCAUCAACGCCAAGCUGCCCUUUGAUUUCUUCUUCCCGUUUGUCUGACGUAAGUCGUUAAUUAAGGAAACUACCCCACACCUCCAGAACAGAGUGCCUGGGGGCCUGGGGUCCCGGG